AUAGCGUCACAACGGUUCCUCUCAACACCAACACCAACCUCCAGUCUUCGUCCGCGGAAACCACAAUUAAGGUGGAGUUUUAGCUAUCGUCUGCUCUUAUCAACUCAGGUAGCCCCACCCUCAAGGUUGGAUGCACAAGUGGGCGCAGGCAACAGCUUGGGUGACAGCUUCAGCAACUGGUGUACUCAUGGGAGGGUACACUGUUAUGUCAGGGGCAUAACUAAGAUAUUGUACCAUACACGACCGCCAGUUGACAUUGAGCUGCUCUCCCCACCACACAGCAAAGGAGAACGCGACCUACACCUGUGACGUUAUCAGGCGCAGGUACAAGAGUUUGUGCCAGGUAACUGCAGACAGACCGCGAGAGAGUGUACACCGAAUGAACACAAGGCAUCGACGAAAAGCUCCUAUGGUGAAGUCCAUAGAACCUGCUGUAGGACCACGAACUUCAUUAUUGCUGGACUGCUUGUGCCAGGACUGUGCUCUGCUCUCAACUGUUUUGCAUCUGAGCUAUUUUGGUGGCCGCACACCGAAAAGAGGCACCGUACCGUCUAAUGAAGCAUCUGCUUGCUCCAAAACUAUUUUAUACAGCUUGGAAGGGAGGAAGGAGAAACGAAGAUUUAACACCUUGCAACAUUUAAAAGCCACAAUUUAUGAGUCCAUAUUGAAACGAUACAGUGAUGUCACAAUGGCCGCUUUGGACAAGUAUACAAGGGAAUGGCUGGCCAUAUCAGGUGACUGUGAUGGAGGCUGCAAGUGGAGGGAGGAAAACAAAGCAACAAAGUGUUGUCGAACAACUUCAUCUUGAUGUCACUUUGGGAGGGUGCUUGUAUAUAUUAUGUGUAUUCGUAUGAGUUUUUAUACUUGGGUG